GAAAGAGAAAGUUCAGUGUUUGCCAGAGGUGAGUGGAGGGAGGCAUCGUGUCGCUGACACUUAGAUAAACGCACCUUGCGUGAAAGAAGUCCUUGCUACCCAUGCAGUGCGCUGUGCACGACGUUUGAAACCCGUGGAUUAAGACAAGGACGUAUCUGUUUCUAUCCGCGGCGUAACUGAUCAUCUUGAUUCCGUUAUUCGUCUGCGGUGCAGACCACAGUGAAAUAUUACGGGACUUCGCGUUGACAUGCUUUCGGUCGAAUAGCUGCGGAUUUUACACCACAGGAACAACUGCCUGAAUAUCAUCUGACACUACACUUUCAAAGGUGCCAUUUUGCAGAGGUGUGCCUGUUCUCUUUAACCAAAAAGCUGGUUUUGCAGUGCGUUUUUGAACCUUUCAUUGGCGUUUGUGGUAAAAUGCAUUCGACUGGAUUUUAAAGUAGUUUUAACCCACACAGGACAUUCGAAAGACUUUCGAAAACAAAAUCCUUUUACCUGGCGACUUUUUAUGCGAGGAAAGUUUUUUAAAUCCCUCAUUCGUACAGGUGACUAAAAAUCUAGCAUGGAGGGCUCACCAAUGAAGAUCGCGAUUUCUCUGUGUUGUCAGCUAGUCAUCACAGCCUCAAGUCUAGAGAUAGGCUCCUAUGACUUCGAGAGGGGGCGACCGGCUAAAUGCGAGCCAAUUGUCAUCCCGCUGUGUCAGGGCAUCGGAUACAACCUCACCCGAAUGCCUAACUUCAUGGACCAUGAUAACCAAAAGGAGGCUGCUAUUAAGCUGAAUGAGUUUGCCCCGCUGGUGGAGUAUGGUUGCGACGUCCAUCUACGAUUUUUCCUCUGUUCCCUGUAUGCGCCCAUGUGCACGGACCAGGUAUCCACCUCCAUCCCUGCCUGCCGGCCAAUGUGCGAGCAGGCCCGUCAGAGAUGCUCGCCCAUCAUGGAGAAGUUUAACUACGCCUGGCCUGACUCGCUGGACUGCUCCAGGCUGCCCACCAGGAACGACCCAAAUGCGCUGUGCAUGGAGGCACCGGAGAACGACACCAAGCCGGAGCCUAAGAAAGGAGAGGGCAUGCUGCCAGUGCCUCCUCGAGCCAGGCAGCCCAACCCUGGCAGUGGGCGCCCAGGGGGCCCUGCCGGGGCCUGUGAGAACCCUGAGAAGUUCCAGUAUGUCGAGAAGAGCAAUUCCUGUGCACCACGGUGCUCCUCGGCUGUCGACGUGUUCUGGUCCAGGCGGGACAAGGACUUUGCCUUCAUAUGGAUGGCUGUGUGGUCCUCACUGUGCUUCAUCUCCACAGCGUUCACGGUGCUCACCUUCCUCCUGGACCCACACCGAUUCCAGUACCCCGAGAGGCCCAUAAUCUUCCUCUCCAUGUGCUACAACGUCUACUCCAUUGCCUUCAUCAUCCGCUCAGUCGCUGGGGCAGAGAACAUUGCUUGUGACCGCGAGAACGGUGAGCUGUACAUCAUCCAGGAGGGGCUGGAGAGUACGGGCUGCACCAUCGUCUUCCUCAUCCUCUACUACUUCGGAAUGGCCAGCUCCAUCUGGUGGGUCAUCCUCACGCUCACCUGGUUCCUUGCUGCGGGGAAGAAAUGGGGCCACGAAGCCAUCGAGUCUCACAGCAGUUACUUCCACAUGGCUGCGUGGGGCAUCCCUGCCCUGAAGACCAUCGUCAUCCUCACCAUGAGGAAGGUGGCAGGGGAUGAGCUCACGGGCCUUUGCUACGUAGGCAGCAUGGACGUGGGGGCCCUGACGGGCUUCGUCCUGGUCCCUCUGUCCUGCUACCUCGUGGUGGGCACAUCCUUCGUCUUGACUGGCUUUGUGGCACUCUUCCACAUCCGCAGGGUAAUGAAGACAGAGGGAACCAACACGGAGAAGCUGGAGAAGCUGAUGGUGAAGAUAGGCAUCUACUCCAUCCUCUACACCGUCCCUGCCACCUGCGUCAUCAUCUGCUACUUCUACGAGCGCCUGAACAUGAAGUACUGGAAAGCGCGGGGGCUGGAGAGUGCUUGCAUGGCCUCCCCUGGCCGCAGGAACGAGGACUGCAGGCUGGAGGCGUCCGUGCCCACCGUGGCCGUAUUCAUGCUUAAGAUCUUCAUGUCGCUGGUGGUGGGCAUCACCAGCGGUGUGUGGGUGUGGAGUUCCAAGACACUGCAGACCUGGCAGGCACUGUGCAGCCGAAGGCUGGGGGACAGGACUAUCAGGAAGCCCUGCAGUGGGAGCUGCAGUAGCACUCACUGCCACUACAAAGCUCCUACCGUGCUCCUGCACACGACCAAGACUGACCCUUACUUGGACAGCCCUACACAUGUGUGAGAGAGACUAGAGUUGGAUGAGCAUGUGUGUGGGUGUGUGUGGGUGUGGGUGUGCGGCUGCACACAGUGAAAGUGACCUCAGCUGCGGUGUACAGCUUACGCUACCCCUCUCUGGGUGCACGGCAGCGUGAGAGAGCAGUAACAAGGACAGUGAGUGUAAGCAGGUCGCAGGGUAGGUCGCAGCUUUACAGAUAAUCCGAGCCUAUGUGUCAAGGGAAUGUUAAUUACUGCUCUCUGUAGGAGUGUGGAAGAUGCAGUCUUUUAUCUGUUAUACGAAAAGGGAAAAGAACAAAUGCAUGUUCCUGUCUGAAAUGAUGGCAUUUAUGUUUCAGUGUUUCACAGUUCUUAUUUAUUGUAUAUAUAUUUAAUUUAGUUUGGUCUUGGUUUAUCGAGAAUGGUCCUAAAUGGCCCAUCUCUCUGUAAAGAAGUUAAGUCAAUGAGCAAAAUAAGAAAAGUGCCUUUUUUGGAAAAGAUAAUAAAAUAUACUAUAUUUUUA